UAUCUUCCCGGGAGUGACAUUAGCAUAACCUAAUUAACUAAUAACCAACAGGCGACACUCGACGGAGCCGUUCUACGAACACCGAAUCACCGAUUUAAAAUUUCCCAAUCAUUUUCCAAAUGCAUUAGUUGUAGAUCGGAAGAGAAGAUUCUCAGAAGCUCCAGAAAUCCUCUUUUCGUCUCUCCUCCCUCACUGCGUUUGUCCGUCUUCGCCAUUAGAGCAAAGGGAAGCUGUGUAGGGACCCCCAAAAUGACCACAACGGAAACAGAGUUCGAUCUUAGAGCUUCUACUCAAUCUGGAUUCGGGAUUGGGGAGUAUACAUUUGCUGAUGCUGGGAACUUGGAGCAUUGUACGAAGUAUUUGAACCAUACGCUGGUUACGUAUGGAUUUCCAGCGUCUUUGGAUCUUUUUGCUAAUGAUCCGGUUUCCAUUGCACGAACCUGCAAUUGCAUAUAUUCUCUACUUCAGCAGAGACAGAGAGAUAUUGAGUUUAGGGAGUCUUCAAAUGAUCAGAGACAGAGAUUGCUAUCUGAUAUAUCAAGAUUAGAGGCUAAAGUUGAGAGGCUUGAGGCACAGUUAGCAGCCAAAGACCGUGAACUGGCGACACUAACUCGCAAUGAAGCUAAGGCUGCUGCAGCCUUUAAAGCCCAAAUUGAAAAGCUACAACAGGAGCGGGAUGAGUUUCAAAAGAUGGUCAUUGGGAAUCAGCAAGUGCGGACUCAACAGAUACAUGAGAUGAAGAAAAAAGAGAAGGAGUAUAUAAAGCUGCAGGAGAGGUUAAACCAAGUAUUGAUGGAGAAAAAGAAAGAAUCUAGAUCAGGAAUGGAGAUAAUGAAUUUACUUCAGAAAGAAGGGAGGCAACGUGGGACAUGGAAUGGAAAGAAGGCUGACAAUGAUUUCUAUAAAAUGAUUGUGGAUGCUUAUGAGGUAAAGAAGCAAGAAUUAAUGGCAGAAAAUGCUGACUUGAAAGCAUUGCUGCGUUCAAUGCAGAUGGAUAUGCGUGAUUUCUUAAAUGCUCCAAAUGGGUUGACCAAGCAAACAUUAGCUGUCAGCGAAAAACCUGAUGCAGAUCCUCCACAGUCCCCAUUGGGUGGGAGGACGGAUGUCUUUGAUCUGCCUUUUCAUAUGGCUAGAGAUCAAAUAGAAGAGAGCUUGCGGACUAAAAUGGCUUCUAUAAAGGAACGCAUGGUUCAACUACAAGAUGCACAGAAAGGAGCAGAGGUUACUUCUGAAGCAACUGAACGGGAACUUGAACUUGAGGCUCAACUUGUUGAAGCAAGGAGUAUCAUCCAGGAGCAGGCAUCUAUAAUGUCCAAACAUCUUGCAAAGUCUGAGAGGCCAAGAAGAGUGAAUGGGCAUUUGGAUUCUGAGAGAGAUUCUAUUCUCUCAUUACCAGCUGAGGGAGUGUAAGAUCAGAUGAGAUGUUUUUCUCCAUGCUGCCUCAAUAGUUCAAUGCAGUUUCCAACUUGUUUUAGGUUGGCCAUAGCAUGCUUUACAACAUCUGACACGCGUAUGAGCUUACUCUAAUGAAAGGACUAUUGAUAGGUGGAUCAACUUGGCUAGUCUGGGACACUAGCUGUAAAUAUAAUGUGUGAUGUUUAUGACUUCAUGUGUUUACUCUGAAACUGCUUUUACUGAAAAUGUGCAUAAUUAUCACGUCUUGCAGCUUACCAAACUUCAUCAUGCCUUCGCUAAUGUAAUUAGACAAGGCUGCUUUUGGUUUGAUAGAAAAUAGGAGAGAAACUGAAUGUUGAGAGAAGUUUUUACUAAAAUUCACAAAUUUUAUAACAACUUUCUCGUCUUUAUUUUUCU